AUGCAACAACUACCCUCGCAAGAUGCAACGCAGACAAUCUCCUCCGCCUCCGCCUUCUGCGCAACCCUUACAGCAGGCGGCGCAACGGCAGCAAACUUUCCCACCCGCGCAACCUCCGCCUGCGGCACCUUCGCCUCCCGCUACAUCUCCGCCUGCGCCUGCGGCCCCACCUGCACGCCCACGCCGACUCCCCCGUGCGGCAGCCCUUCCGGCACAAACCUCCUCACCAACAGCGACUUCGAAUGCGGCAUCAGCCCCUGGAUCGUCCAGAAUCUAGACCGAUACGCUCGCGUCGGCGUCACAUCGGCAGCAUCCCACACGGGAACGCACUCCUUUGAGUCCCGGCUGCUGUAUGAUAGAAACUCGCAGGACCCGGUCGUCAGCGCGCGGCUUUCGACGCCCGUGUUUUCCGUGCAGCCGGGUGUGCCGUAUAAGCUGAGGUUCUGGUCGUAUUUUGAUAACCAUGCGGCGGGGUUUAUCGGGAUCCAGUUUAAUGGCCAGCCCGAGAGGACGCUGGACGCGGGUGAUGCGGGUGGGUGGGGGAUUUGGAAGGUAUUUGAGGUGGAGUAUACGCCGGUGACGGAUAAGCUUGAUAUCACGCUCGAGUUCUUGUACGGGCGGGUUGCGAGUGUUGUUCGGGUUGAUGGGGUUGAGUUUGGAUACCUCCAUUAG